AUGAAUUACAAUCAGAAUUCAGGUGGACAAGCUCAAGGGUAUUAUACUCCUCCUCCACCUCAAAACCCUCAGUAUCAACAGCAAUACAAUCCACCUCCGCAACAAGGUUAUUAUCAACCGCAACAACCAAUGUACGCACAACCACCUGUACAACAACAACAACAACAGGGUAGCGGAGGUGGUGGCGGCUGUUUAGCAUGUCUUUCGGGUUUACUCUGUUGCUGCGCCGCAGAAGAAUGUUGCUCCCUCCUGUGCUAAUUUAAUCUUAUGUAUGUCCGUUCAAU